AUGGAAGAAGAUCGAAGAAAGACUAACGGCUCUGGAGGGCUCCAAGCCGAGUCGACCAAAAAGGAGGGUCGCGCGAUCAAGCGAGAACGAAGCGAAGACUCUCUGGCGGCAGAAGAGGCGCCUCCAGUAAUAGUUACUUCAUUGACUCCACCCACAGCGGCAGGCGACGCAAUCAACGAGUCGUCCGAUGUGAAGUCGCCGAAAGCGGCGGCGGGAAAGACGGCGGGAUCGUCGAGCGCGGCGCGGCCGUGCAAGCGGUCGAAGCUGAUCCUGUUUGAGCACCGGCUGCCGCGCGACGGGCACGUGUGGCUCAAGUACGGCCAGAAGGAACUAUCAGGCGGCACGCACACCAGGCACUACUUCCGCUGUGCGCACCGCGUGGGCGACGAGCAGUGCGAUGCGAAGCGCGUGGUGGACUUCAACAAGAUUUCGCCCGCGAGCGACCUCGCCAUCUCGUACAGCGGCCGGCACCUGCACGCGCCGCCCGCCACCAUCAUGAUGGGCAUGCACCCCGCCGCGCUCCCCUCGCCGCACCCCGCUGCUGAUGCGUCGCCUGUUGGCGGCGGCAGCGGGUGGGCAGGCGCGUCGCUGGGCGGCGAGCAGCGGCGUUCCGCGGAGCGGGACUGUGUAGCGGAGAGUGGCGGAUGGGCGGAGGAGGCGGGCGUCCCCCAGGCGAUGGGCUCUGCUGCGGAAGUGUCGGGGGGCGUAGCAGCAGCAGGUGCGACUGCUGCCAGUGCUGGGUGGAGGGGUCCUUCGGAUCAGGCCACCGCCACUGCUGCUGGGCUAGCGGCUCAGUGGCACGAAAGGCAGCAGGAGAAGAUGAGGGGGGCGGCGGCGGGGUCAGCUGCAGCUGCAGCAGGAAGAGGGGGCGGAGGAGGAAGCGGUGACUUUAUGGGGCCGCAGCAGGGUGCGGAUCGGUUGGGGGCGAGUGGAGCGCAGCAGCCCAUGCUCGUGCUUGCUCCCGCCCCCCAUCCGCCGUCCGCGUCCGCCUCUGCGUCCCCCCCGCCCCCCAGCAGCAGCGCUGGGUGGCAGCACCCCGCCUCGGAUUCCGCCCCCGUCACCCCUCAGGGCCCCGCUGCGUGCGGCUUGCCAUGGGCCGCGGACGAGGCGUGCGCGGGACGCGUGGGUGCGGCGGAACGCGCUCCUGCUGUUGUUGAGGCGCGGUGCAGCGAGUGCACGUGCGGCACUGAGCGGGUGAAUGCGCAAUUGAUGCAACAGCAGCAGCCCCCCCACUGGGCGCACGAGCAGCAGUAUGAACAGAAACAACAGCACCAGCAGCAGCAUCAGCAGCAGCAAUGGCAGCAACAGCAGCAGCAACAGCAGCAGCAGCAGCAAUGGCAGCAACAGCAGCAGCAGCAGGAGCAGCAGCAGGUGCAGAUGGCAGGCGCAGCAGCCGAGUGGUCGCAGGGCCAGCAGCAACAGUACAGCAGCGACCACCUUCAAGUGCACCUGAACCAGCCAACUCAGCCCGCCGCGCUGGGCGCAGAAGUGCACGCAGCCGUGAGCGCUGUAGCGUCAGCCCCGCCUGCAGUGGCCCGUCUGAGGUGCGCGGAUGCACGGCUGUCCGCGGACGACCUGCAUUCCAUGGCCGCGCAUGCCGCCCACUGGGACCCCCGUCCGCCCGUGGCACAGCCUGUGCAUGACGCAGUACCCCUGGAGUUGCCGCUUUCUGCUCCCGCUGCCCUCACCUCCCCCCUCGCAGGCCCCUCGGACCCUCUCCCCUUCACAACACUCGCCUUCUCUCAACCGACCGUUGCUCCCGUGCACUUCACGCCCUCCUUCCCCCCGCCCCCUCCGCUCCCCCCGCUCCCCCCGCUUCCCCCCCACUCCUCCCUCCCGCCUCUCACGGGCGGAGACGCCCCCACCGACCCAGCCGCCAUGCCUGAUUGGCUGCGGCGCCUGCAGCGCUGCCGCAGCAGCGUGGCGUGGCAGCUUUCGCAGGGGGAGGGGGAGGGAGAGGGGCAGGGGCUGGCGCAGGGGGAGGGGGAGGGCGGGCCGAGGCGGAUCCUGAUCUCGGAGAACAGCUUUGGCGCGCUGGUGGUGACCAAUGUGCUCACAGGGAGUGCAGGCGCGGGGGUGUGCGCGGGCAGCGGGAAGGAGGGCGCAGGUGAGAGUGGCGGAGCUGUGGUGGGAGGGGUGGCAGGCGGGAAUGCAGCUGUGAUGGCGGGGGGGGUUGGGGCAGAGAUGGGAGGAGGGUGGGCGGGAGAGACAGUGGGGGAGAGUCAGGUGGGGGCAGGGGCGGCGAGGCAGGAGGAGCAGCAGGGGGAGAAGCAGGAGCAGGUGGUGUGGGGGGGGGAGGGUGGCGGGGUGGGGCGGGGGAGGGAGGCGUCGUUUGAUGCAGAACAGCUCUUCUCCCUGCUGCACAGCCUGCCCGCUCUCGACUGCCCCAUGCCUGAGUGA